AUGGAAAAUGCGAGCUUCCUCACAUAUGAGAUCUGUUCAGCCGCAUGGAACCCAUCUUUUGUAAGAGUAAUUUCUCUUUCUACCAAUUUUAUGGAUGAAAGCAAUACUCUGACAGCAGCGUGCCUCCGCACAAGCUUCCGCUUUUACUGUAGCAAUCCUCGCAGACACCCUCCCCUUGAAAGUCCACACAUGCGACUGCAGCGUCUGUCACUUUAUCCAUGGCAUAUCAUGUAUGUUCCACACCCCGCUACCAGCGGGCGUAGCACAGCAGUUCAUCGCUUUGUCCACGAUGGAUAA